CCGGGCUCUGAGGGGAGGUGCUUGUCAGUGACAGUGUCUGACACACCCCAGCCCAGGUGCACAUGCCUUGCUGAGCCCCUGGGCACCACCCCCAAUUGCAGGCACACACACACAGGGGGAACAGUCCAUGCGCUGUGCAGACCAGAACCGCCCCACAAGGCCAGCCUCUCUUCAGUCCUCCACAUCUGGGGAGGAUUACUACCAACCCAGCAUUCUCAGGUGAAAAUAGAGGGAGAAUUAACAUCUAACUUGCAACUUUGUUCAUGUUCACGGUCCUGAAUUUUUUUUGUUGUUGUUUUUUAGAGACAGCGUCUCAUUCUGUUGGUCACCCAGGAUGGAGUACAGUGGUGUAAUCAUAGGUCACUGCAGCCUCAACCCCCUGGGCCUGAGCCUCAGCCUCUCAAGUAGCUGGGACUACAGGCAUGUGCCACCAUGCCCAGUUAAUUUUUAAUUUGUUUUUAUGGAAACAGGGUCUCACUUUGUUGCUCAGGCUGGUCUUGAACUCCUGGCCUCAAGCAAUCCUUUCAACUCAGCCUCCUGAAGUGCUGGGAUUACAGGCGUGAAUGAGGACCCGGUGUUCUGAAGACCCUCCUUUCCUGUUAUCAUGGGUCUCCAACUAGAGCGUGACUUCCUGAAUGAGAUGACAUGGAUGGCCCUUGUGUUUCACCUGUCUCGGAAAGUAACAUCUCUGGUCCCUGAGAGCUGCCUGCUGAUUUUGCUGGGCCUGGUGCUAGGGGGCAUUGUUUUGGCUGUGGCCAAGAAAGCUGAGUACCAGCUAGAGCCGGGUACCUUCUUCCUCUUCUUGCUGCCUCCUAUUGUGUUGGACUCGGGCUAUUUCAUGCCUAGCAGGCUGUUCUUUGACAACUUGGGUGCCAUCCUCACCUAUGCCGUGGUAGGCACACUCUGGAAUGCCUUCACAACAGGUGCUGCCCUCUGGGGCUUGCAGCAGGCUGGACUUGUGGCCCCUAGGGUGCAGGCUGGCUUACUGGACUUCCUGCUGUUUGGGAGCCUCAUCUCGGCGGUGGACCCCGUAGCAGUGCUAGCUGUCUUUGAGGAGGUGCACGUCAAUGAGACUCUCUUCAUCAUUGUCUUUGGCGAGUCCCUGCUCAACGAUGCAGUCACCGUGGUGCUGUACAAGGUCUGCAACUCCUUUGUGGAGAUGGGCUCUGCCAACGUGCAGGCCACUGACUACCUGAAGGGAGUCGCCUCCCUGUUUGUGGUCAGUCUGGGCGGGGCAGCCGUGGGCUUAGUCUUUGCCUUCCUCCUGGCCCUGACCACACGCUUCACCAAGCGGGUCCGCAUCAUCGAGCCGCUGCUGGUCUUCCUCCUCGCCUAUGCAGCCUACCUCACUGCUGAAAUGGCCUCACUGUCCGCCAUUCUUGCGGUGACCAUGUGUGGCCUGGGCUGUAAGAAGUACGUGGAGGCCAACAUCUCCCAUAAGUCACGCACAACUGUCAAAUAUACAAUGAAGACUCUAGCCAGCUGUGCUGAGACCGUCAUCUUCAUGCUGCUUGGCAUCUCAGCUGUGGACUCUUCUAAGUGGGCCUGGGAUUCUGGGCUGGUGCUGGGCACCCUCAUCUUCAUCCUGUUCUUCCGAGCCCUCGGCGUAGUCCUGCAGACCUGGGUGCUGAAUCAGUUCCGGCUAAUCCCUCUGGACAAGAUUGACCAAGUGGUGAUGUCCUAUGGGGGCCUGCGGGGGGCUGUGGCCUUUGCUCUCGUCAUCCUACUGGAUAGGACCAAGGUCCCUGCCAAGGACUACUUUGUAGCCACCACUAUUGUGGUGGUCUUCUUCACAGUCAUCGUGCAGGGCUUGACCAUCAAGCCACUGGUCAAAUGGCUGAAGGUGAAGAGGAGUGAGCAUCACAAACCUACCCUGAACCAGGAGCUGCAUGAGCACACUUUUGACCACAUUCUGGCUGCAGUGGAGGACGUUGUGGGGCACCAUGGCUACCACUACUGGAGGGACAGGUGGGAGCAGUUUGACAAGAAAUACCUGAGUCAGCUGCUGAUGCGACGGUCAGCCUACCGCAUCCGGGACCAGAUCUGGGAUGUGUACUACAGACUCAACAUCCGGGAUGCCAUCAGCUUUGUGGACCAGGGAGGCCACGUCUUGUCUUCUACAGGUCUCACUCUGCCCUCUAUGCCCAGCCGCAAUUCUGUGGCAGAGACUUCUGUCACCAACCUGCUGAGGGAGAGUGGCAGUGGAGCAUGUCUGGAUCUGCAGGUGAUUGACACGGUACGCAGCGGCCGGGAUCGCGAGGAUGCUGUGAUGCAUCAUCUGCUCUGCGGAGGCCUCUACAAGCCACGCCGUAGGUACAAAGCCAGCUGCAGUCGCCACUUCAUCUCAGACGAUGCGCAGGAGAGGCAGGACAAGGAGGUCUUCCAGCAGAACAUGAAGCGGCGGCUAGAGUCCUUCAAAUCCACCAAGCACAACAUCUGCUUCACCAAGAGCAAGCCACGACCCCGCAAGACUGGCCGCAGGAAGAAGGAUGGUGUGGCGAAUGCUGAGGCUACAAAUGGGAAACCUCGAGACCUGGGCUUUCAGGACACAGCUGCUGUCAUAUUAACUGUGGAGUCUGAGGAGGAGGAGGAGGAGAGCGACAGUUCAGAGACAGAGAAGGAGGACGAUGAGGGCAUCAUCUUUGUGGCUCGGGCCACCAGUGAGGUUCUCCAAGAGGGCAAGGUCUCAGGAAGCCUUGAGGUGUGCCCGAGCCCACGAAUCAUUCCCCCCUCCCCAACAUGUGCAGAGAAGGAGCUCCCCUGGAAGAGUGGGCAAGGGGACCUGGCAGUAUACGUGUCCUCGGAAACCACCAAGAUUGUGCCUGUGGACAUGCAGACGGGCUGGAACCAGAGCAUGUCAUCCCUGGAGAGCCUAGCAUCUCCUCCCUGUAACCAGGCCCCAACUCUGACCUGCCUGCCUCCCCAUCCACGGGGUGCUGAAGAGCCCCAGGCCCCUCUCUACCCGCCUUCUGAUCCACGCCCUAGCUUCGCCUUCCCCCCGAGCCUGGCCAAGGCUGGCCGCUCUCACAGUGAGAGCAGUGCUGACCUCCCACAGCAGCAGGAGCUGCAGCCUCUUAUGGGCCACAAGAACCACACCCAUCUCAGCCCAGGCACCGCUAACUCCCACUGGUGUAUCCAGUUCAACAGAGGCAGCCGGCUGUAGCCCAGGGUCUUGGGGAGGAGCAGGAGGUGGAAUCCCUGUGGGAAAUGCUCCCUGGGUGAUGGGUAGAAUCCUUGCAACUUGACAUGAAGCCAGAGGGGUCUGGGCUGAAGUAGCAAUUGAGCUUCCUUGGGGCUGGUCAGAGGGGUCACCUGAGCUGGUCCUCACAGGGGCCUUUCUCGCCACCUCCCUGCUCUUAAUCCCUGCCACCUUCCAUUUCAGUAAGGCCUCUACUCUGGCUCCGGAUCCAGUCCAGGCCUUCUAGGGACUAGGUCCAGAGACUUGGGUUGCUGGUCCCCCUUCCCUAGUGGGUUUUCCCGGAGACUCUAUAGACAGCUGCUCCUGCCCCAAAAGCUAGGGCAUCAGUCCUCAGUGAAUGCCAGCCUUCCCUGUCCCCAUUCCCUCCCCAGCACUGGGUCACUGGCGCCCUGGCAGUGAGGCUCUGUGAGGGGCUGGCCCUCAGAGGAACUGGAGUAGGAGGUGGGGCAGGCUUCAACCUUGGGCUUUGCUGCCCUGCUGGGUCAGCUACCCAUAGUCCAUUUUUUUUUAGGGCAGUAGGAACCUCUGCUUCCAAUUCCUGCUUUAGCCCCUUCCAUUUGCUGUCAGGUAUUGGGGUAAUAGUUCCUCCUUUUCUAAGACCAAGGCUGGGGGCUGGGACAGACUUCAGUUCAAGGCUGCUGCUGAGCUGGGGUCAUUCUGGGAUCUGCUGCUCUGGGUCCAAGUCUGGACCUUUCUGAUCCUUGGGUCUGGGUUUUUUGAGGAGGAGACAUAGUGGCCUCUGGGCUGUCAUGUCACCACCUGAACAUUCCCCAGAGAAGGAACCCAGUAUCUCAGGGCUACUGCUCCAUUGCUCUGGGGGCUGGGAUGCCUGGCUAAGCUGGGACGCCUGGCUAAGCAGGGGCUGACUGGGUAGCAGGUGAUUUUCCAGGGGUUAGCACCUGCCUUGUGUUUUGUACCUUGAACCUAAGACACAUUAAACAUCUCUCAGAUGGA